AUGCCUGCCACACAGGCUAUUGUGACUCUCCGCCCUUUGUCCGUAUCCGAUGAUCUGCCAUAUCGAUCCCUAGAGUUCACUUCUACCAAUAACCAAGUCAACAUUGGUCGGGCUUCUAAGCGUGAAUCAAAGAAUCUUAUCCCCGCCAGAAACAAUGGAUUAUUUGAAUCGAGGGUCAUGUCGCGCAACCAUGCCAAGCUAUGGGUGUGCUUCGACAAGCAGCUCGUCUACAUUCGUGACGGUGGGUCGAUGCAUGGUACCUGGAUAAAUGGGAAGAGAAUUCCAACAGAGGAGGACUCUGUCAUCAAACAUGAUGACGUGGUCACCUUUGGCUCCACAGUGUAUCGUGGCUCUGAUACCUUCCCUCCACUUAAAGUUCGUUGUGAAUUCGAAUGGCCUGACCCUUUCCAAAGAACCGCCCUUGCAACCAAUACCUUUUGUGUUCCUGACGAUGAUGACAGUGAUGCAAAAGAAGAUUCCGUUCCUAUGGUGGUUGCAUCCGACAGUGCUUCCGAGAUUGACAACUCCACCCCCGAUUCAGAUUCAGACGACCAAUCCGUCAUGGAGGUUUCGUCGCCUUUGACGUCCCCUCUGAAGAGGGACGACGCAAGAAAUUCCCACGUGGGUGCCUGCUCAGAUACAGAUCAAGUGGGUAGACAUGAUGGCCAGCAAGGAUCCCAAUUGAGCCCUAUUGAUCUCGAGCAUGGACAACAUGAACAGCCUCUGGUAACUCCCCGGAUAACCCCACCCUCCGUCAUAGAUCUUAUCGACGAUCCAAGUAACGCGGCUCAUGAUUUUGAUGAUUUCAUCCAGGAGGCGGACAGUGCGUCUGCAAUGAAUACCUCUGACGACGAGGAUUCCAGCUGGGGCGAAGAUUACCAUGCUGGUUCGGAUGACGACGAAGAUGACGAGGUUGAUUCCCAGUCGUCGUUCAGAUCCAAUGUGGAACAGUCCCAUGAAGAUGAGGAGUCUGUGAGAUCGAGCAGCCUUCAUGUUCUGGGGAUUCGCGACUUGAUAGCAUCAGAGGCGAGCUAUGCUGUGGAGGAAACAAAUGCCCGCUUGCCAUCUGGAAAUGAUACGUCCAAGCCCGAAUUUAACGAUCGACAUGGGGAGGAUAUGGCAUAUGACGCUGAGACGUGUGAGCCGGAGUUGCUCGCCGUUAGAAAUUCCACAUCAGAUCUGCGUUCUCAGAGCACUGGCCCUUCCAGAAUAAUUUCGACCGAAGCUCCACCGCCGCCAAUCUUAUUGCAGCCAACUCUAUCUUCUCCGUACGGAAAGACAGUCGAUCGUUCGCUACCUAGCUACCAGAAUAACCCGCCAAUGAUGCACAUGGACUGGUGGAAUCCACGAACCACUGCAAACACUUCAUACUCCCUACAUAUCCCCCCAACUCCGCAAGUGCCUUACGCUGACGGACCCUUUGUCAACAACGAGUCGUUCCUGCUUGGUGAGACUGAUCCUGCUUGUAACCGUGGAAGGGAUUCGGUCGUUGCGUCUAUGGCUACCCCUGGGAUUGUAAGCCAGGAAGCACCUUCGAGCGACGGACAAGAAAUCCAGGAGACACCCAUGCCCCAGAAACAGCCAGAUCCCAUUCCAACACCAUUGCAAAGGUCCGAGACAGGAUUAGAUAGCGUUCCCGCAAACAAGCCACUGAAAAGGAAGGCGGAGGAGAUUGAUGGCUCGUCUGGGAGUUCCGAGCUAGACGUUGCUACUUAUCAUCGAGACGGGGUUGACUCAGCUGUGACAAGCGAUAGCCAAUCGUCUGACCAAGAGACUUGCUAUCCGGAUGCUCAGCCACAGAUGCCAACGGACCAACAGGAACUUCCAUCCCAGUUGGCAGACUUAGACAGUGCGAAGGAGCUGCCGUCAGUUGACGACUCCAUUAAUGAUGCCGAGACGACCGCAUCUCCUACAAAGCGAGCAAAGACUUCUAGUACGGGGAGGUUUGCCAGCCAUGCUGCAAGUGCUGCUCUGGGUGUAGCCAUCGGUGCUUUCGGUACUAUCGCUGCGUUGGCGUCGCUCCCCCCGGAUUACUUUCAGUAA